AUGGCCAGGCCACCAAUUCUGGGAGCAUAUACAAGCUUACUCUUUGAAGUUCAGCAGAGCUCUGCUGCAGUGUCAAGUUCUACAGACAUGCAACUUGAUGGAGCUGGAAUGACGGGAACGCAAGGCAGUGGUGGGGUAACAAAAAAGAGGGGAACAUCAUCUAAAGCUAGGGCCUCUUGGAAUGCAGACCUAGAGAAGGCUCUUGUGGAUUUGCUCCAUGAGCACAAUACUCCACAAUAUCGUGGGCAGAAUGGAUGGUCCACCGAUGUUUGGAACAGGAUUACCAACAAAUUCCAUGAUAACCAUCCAUACAAGAAUUACACAAAGGGUCAGAUCCAAGACAAGGAGAAGGAAUUGAAGAGAGAGUACAAGAUGCUCAAGGAGGCUAGACAGCAGAGUGGGGUUUCAUGGAAUGAGAAGCGGUGUAUGAUUGAAGCUGAUCCAGAGUUGUGGGACAACCUCAUCAUUGUAAGAUACUCAUUUUCUAAGAUCGGGAAGUUCCGUAGCAACAAGGCUUUUCCCCUCUUUGAUGCCUUGGGAGAGCUAUAUGAUGGACAUCUUGCCGAGGGAAACUACAACUUCACUUCCACUGAACCAACACAGCACACACAAGUGGAGGUCAAUCCCGAGGUCAGUUCUGUAGAGGCGACACAUUCCCAUCAUGAUAUUGCAGAGACCGCGGUGGAUGAUACACAAGGAGGGAUGCAAGAGGCUAGUAUGAUGGAGAACUUUGUUGGGAACGGGGAGGCUCAGCCCACGGUGCCUGCUGCACCAUCAACAAGUACUGAAAAUGAACCCAAGAAGCGCCGGUCAAAUGGAGAUAUUGCUGCUAUGAUGGAGAAGUACAUUGAGAUCAAGACGAAGCAGGUCGAGAGCAAGCAAAUCGCGAACAUGGAUGAGUACUCAAUCAAGAACUGCGUGGCUCGGCUAAACACAAUGGGAUUGUCACGAGAGGAUAAGGUCAAAGCCCUAAAAGUCUUUAAGAAUGCUGACAAUCGCGAGCUCUUCCUUUGCGUUGAUAUGGAUACAGCUCUCAUGUGGCUGCAAGGCGAAAUGGCUUAGGA